AUGUCCAGCAACGGUGAGAACAGGUCCUGCCAGUGGCAAACCCCAGCUGGCUCGUCUUGCUGCGGUCCAACACCACUGCCAAGGGCGGGGCCGGGGGGUGGGGGCCGAGCGGGGCGGCUCCGCGCCGCUUUCCUUAACCCCGCACAUCUCAUUCGCUCCAUUAACGACCCCGAGCACCCGCUCACGCUGGAGGAGCUGAACGUGGUGGAGCAAGUGCGGGUGAAGGUGAACGACGCGGAGAGCACGGUGGCGGUGGAGUUCACGCCCACCAUCCCGCACUGCAGCAUGGCGACCCUCAUCGGCCUCUCCAUAAAAGUAAAACUGAUCAGAUCGCUGCCUGAGAGGUUUAAGCUGGAUGUUCAUAUAACACCGGGAACACAUGCCUCUGAGCAUGCAGUUAAUAAACAGCUUGCUGAUAAAGAACGUGUAGCAGCUGCUUUGGAAAACUCUCACUUACUGGAAGUGGUGAAUCAGUGUCUGUCCGCUCGAUCAUAA